GGGGAUUGAUUGAAGCGAUCCGUUCCCGACCCGCCCGUUGCCAUCCCUUCUCCUGACACCUCCUACCUCAAAAGGUAGGCAUUGCAUCUUUGGGGCAGCAAGAAUCGCGUAGAUUGAAUUAAGGAGCAGAGCACCGACUCGUCUCGUAUCGAGGAUCACAUUGACGUUUCGGGGCUGAUUGUGUAAGAGCGGAGACGCAGUAAUGGCGAAAUCCAGCGCCGAUGACGAGGAGCUUAGGCGAGCUUGCGAGGCGGCCAUCGAGGGCACCAAGCAGAAGAUCGUCAUGUCGAUCCGUGUUGCCAAGAGCCGCGGGAUCUGGGGCAAAUCUGGCAAAUUAGGUCGCAAUAUGGCCAAACCUAGGGUUCUUGCACUGUCAACAAAAGCAAAGGCUCAGCGUACUAAAGCUUUUCUUCGUGUCUUAAAAUAUUCUACUGGAGGAGUUCUUGAGCCUGCUAAAUUGUACAAGUUAAAGCAUCUCUCCAAGGUGGAAGUUAUAGCUAAUGAUCCCAGUGGGUGUACGUUUAUGCUGGGAUUUGAUAAUCUCAGAAGCCAGAGUGUCGCUCCACCUCAGUGGACAAUGCGCAAUAUUGAUGACAGGAAUCGCCUGCUACUUUGCAUCUUAAAUAUCUGCAAAGAUGUGUUGGGUCGUCUUCCCAAAGUUGUUGGUAUUGAUGUUGUAGAGAUGGCUCUUUGGGCUAAGGAAAAUAAACCUACAGUUACUGCUCAAGGGAAUCUGCAUGAUGGGCCUAUACCAGCUAUGGUGACAGAAACCGACUUGAAAGUUUCUGUUGAAAGAGAACUUGUAACCCAAGCUGAGGAGGAUGAUAUGGAGGCUCUUCUUGGCAAUUAUGUCAUGGGUAUUGGUGAAGCUGAGGCCUUUUCUGAAAGGUUGAAGAGAGAACUUCUUGCCUUGGAAGCAGCAAAUGUGCAUGCCAUUUUGGAAUCUGAACCAUUGGUUGAUGAGGUACUGCAAGGGCUCGAGACAGCUACAAAUUGUGUUGAUGAUAUGGAUGAAUGGUUAGGCAUUUUCAAUGUGAAACUUAGACACAUGAGAGAGGAUAUUGAGUCGAUAGAAACCCGCAAUAACAAGUUGGAGAUGCAAUCUGUAAACAAUAAAGCACUCAUUGAGGAACUUGAAAAGCUUCUUGAACGAUUGCGUGUCCCUUCUGAGUAUGCAGCAUGUCUAACUGGAGGUCCCUUUGAUGAGGCACGCAUGCUGCAAAACAUUGAAGCAUGUGAGUGGCUGACUGGUGCUCUGCGUGGUCUUGAAGUACCUAACUUGGAUCCUGCCUAUGCAAACAUACGAGCUGUUAAAGAAAAACGGGCAGAACUUGAAAAACUAAAAACCACAUUUGUUAGGAGAGCAUCUGAAUUCUUAAGAAACUACUUCGCCAGUUUGGUGGAUUUUAUGAUAAGUGAUAAGAGUUACUUCUCUCAGCGAGGACAGUUGAAGAGGCCAGACCAUGCUGAUCUUCGGUAUAAAUGCAGGACUUAUGCUCGCCUUCUACAACACUUAAAGAGUCUUGAUAAGAAUUGCUUGGGUCCAUUGAGAAAAGCCUAUUGUAGCUCCCUUAACUUGCUUCUUCGUCGAGAGGCUCGUGAGUUUGCAAAUGAGCUUCGUGCUAGUACCAAAGCAUCAAGAAAUCCAACUGUCUGGCUUGAAGCUUCUACAGGCUCUGGUCAAAAUAUGAACAACACGGACACUUCAAAUGUUUCGGAUGCUUAUGCAAAAAUGCUGACAAUUUUCAUCCCACUUCUUGUAGACGAGAGUUCUUUUUUUGCACACUUCAUGUGCUUUGAGGUUCCUGCAUUGGUUCCUCCAGGGGGUCAUGCCAAUGGUAAUAAAACGGGAUCCAAUGACGAUGACGCCAAUGAUGAUGAUUUGGGUAUUUUGGACAUUGAUGAAAAUGACAACAAAACUGGCAAAAAUUCUGCAGAGCUGGGAGCAUUAAAUGAAUCUCUUCAGGAUUUGCUUGAUGGUAUCCAAGAAGACUUUUAUGCAGUGGUGGAUUGGGCAUACAAGAUUGAUCCUUUGCGCUGCAUAUCAAUGCAUGGGAUUACAGAACGGUAUAUUUCUGGUCAGAAAGCUGAUGCAGCAGGAUUUGUACGCCUCUUGCUUGAUGAUCUGGAGUCAAGAAUUUCUAUGCAGUUCGGCCGUUUUGUUGAUGAAGCUUGCCACCAGAUUGAAAGAAAUGAACGUAAUGUUCGGCAGACGGGUGUAUUAUCAUAUAUUCCCAGAUUUGCAACUCUUGCAACCCGUAUGGAGCAGUACAUCCAGGGACAAUCUAGAGAUUUGGUUGAUCAGGCAUACACAAAAUUUGUUACCAUAAUGUUUGUGACUUUGGAGAAAAUUGCACAAACCGACCCAAAAUAUGCUGAUAUUUUGCUUUUGGAGAAUUUUGCAGCUUUCCAGAAUAGUUUGUAUGACCUAGCCAAUGUUGUUCCCACUUUAGCCAAAUUCUAUCACCAGGCCAGUGAAUCUUAUGAACAAGCUUGCAUGCGGCAUAUUAGCAUGAUCAUAUACAUUCAAUUCGAACGGCUUUUCCAGUUUGCUCGAAGAGCUGAGGAUUUGAUGUUCACCAUCUCACCAGAAGAGAUCCCUUUCCAGCUGGGAUUGUCAAAAAUGGAUCUUCGGAAGAUGUUGAAAUCCAGUUUAUCUGGGGUUGACAAGUCCUUUAAUGGAAUGUAUAAGAGAUUGCAGAAGAAUUUAACUUCAGAAGAACUUUUGCCAUCUUUGUGGGAUAAAUGCAAGAAGGAGUUUCUGGACAAAUAUGAUAGCUUCGCACAACUGGUUGCCAAGAUUUAUCCUACCGAGACCAUUCCAUCUGUAGCAGAAAUGAGAGAAAUUCUGGCCAACAUGUAGAGGUAUCAUUUUCUUGUAUAGUCUUGAAAACUUCCUGUUUGAAGUAAAGAUGUCUUUUAUUGUUCUCCCCCACCCAUAGUUGUAUCAUUUUUCACGGGAUAAAUUAUUGUGUGUUCCUGCAUGUAUUGCCGUGUUUGUUUCUCCUCCUUUUUGGUCGUUGAAAAGAAAAUAGUCCCACAAGGCUUUGUCUUGGUUUUUUUGAGGCUGCGGCGGUAAGAACACACAAAGAUUGGGUUGGGUUUUGUUUGUAGAAGUGAUGUUGCCCCUCAUCAUCUAUGUUAAUUAUCGUAGCAUCAACCGUCCUCCAGGAAGACACACCUAUGGAUGCUUAGAUUAUUUGUUAUUUCUUUUAUUUUUAAAAGAUUGAUAUAUAGCAAAAUAAAAUUAACAGUUUUAUAGAUGGAUAUGGAGUUAGUGGUUUGAUUA